AUGGGGUUAUUCAGAGGUUUAGUUUUCCUCUUGCUCCUCUACCUGCUACAGGGGUCAAACAGUUCCUUUGUUAAGCUGAACGAUAAUGGUUAUGAAGAUGUUAUCAUUGCUAUUGAUCCUGGUGUACCAGAAGAUGAAAACAUAAUUGAACAACUAAAGGAAAUAGUGACUACUGCAUCUACUUAUCUGUUUGAAGCCACACAAAAAAGAUUUUUUUUCAAAAAUGUGUCUAUAUUAAUUCCUGAGAGUUGGGAGGACAGCCUUCAAUACAGGAGGCCCACAUAUGAGAGCUACACACAUGCUGAUGUUAGAAUUGCACCACCCACCGUUCCAGGCAGAGAUGAACCAUAUACCAGGCAGUUCACAGAAUGUGAAGAAAAAGCAGAAUACAUUUAUUUCACCCCUGACUUUGUAUUGGGAAAAAAGCUAAAUGAGUAUGGACCAGCAGGUAGACUGCUUGUGCACGAGUGGGCCCAUCUCCGCUGGGGAGUGUUUGAUGAGUACAAUGAAGACCAGCCUUUCUACAGCGCUAAGUCAAAGAAAAUUGAAGCAACAAGGUGUUCCACAGGUAUCUCUGGUCUAAACAGAGUUUACACAUGUCAAGGAGGCAGCUGUGUAUUUAGAACAUGCAGAACUAAUUCUACCACGAAACUGUAUGAAAAAGACUGUCAGUUCUUCCCUGAUGAAGUUCAAACAGAAAAGGCUUCCGUAAUGUUUAUGCAAAGUAUUGAUUCGGUAGUUGAAUUCUGUAAUGAAAAAAACCAUAACCAGGAAUCUCCAAGUUUACAAAAUAUAAAGUGUGGUUACAGAAGUACAUGGGAGGUAAUCAGCAAUUCUGAGGAUUUUAAAAAUUCCACACCUAUGGAAACAUCGCCUCCUCCACCUGUCUUCUCAUUGCUGAGGCCCAGAGAAAGAAUUGUGUGCUUGGUUCUUGAUAAAUCUGGAAGCAUGUCUGGUAGUAACCGCCUCAACCGAAUGAAUCAAGCAGCAAAAUAUUUCUUGCUGCAGACUGUUGAAAAUGGAUCCUGGGUAGGGAUGGUUCACUUUGAUAGUACUGCCAGUAUUAAAAGUGAACUAAUCCAAAUAAAAAGCAACACUGAACGAAACACGCUGCUGGAAAGCUUACCUUCAGUAGCUGGUGGAGGAACUUCCAUCUGUAAAGGAAUUCAAGCUGCAUUUCAGGUAAUUAAAAAGAAAAAUUCCCAAUUAGACGGGUCUGAAAUAGUGCUGCUGACUGAUGGGGAGGACAGCACUGCCAGCGGGUGUGUUGAGACUGUGAAGCAAAGUGGGGUCAUCCUUCAUCUUCUUGCUUUGGGACCAUCUGCUGCUAUAGCAGUAAUACAGAUGAGCGAUAUAACAGGAGGAAAACAUUUGUAUGCUACAGAUACAGCUGAAAACAAUGGCCUCAUUGAUGCUUUUGGGUCCCUUACAUCAGAAAAUGCCAAUCCCACCCAGAAGGCACUUCAGCUGGAAAGUAAGGGAUCAACACUGAACAGUGAUUCCUGGAUGAAUGACACUGUAAUCAUUGACAGCACCGUGGGAAAGGACACAUUCUUUCAAGUCACAUGGAGCAAACAGCCUCCCAAAAUUUCUCUCUGGAAUCCCAGUGGAACACCAGUCACAAAUUUCAUAGUGGACACUGCUUCCAAAAUGGCCUAUCUUACUAUUCCAGGAACUGCACAGGUGGGCAUUUGGACUUACCAUCUUCAGGCCAAAGCAGACUCAGAAAUACUAACUAUGACAGUGACUUCUCGGGCAGCAAGUUCUUCUGUGCCUCCGAUCACAGUGAAUGCUAAAAUGAAUAAAAACUCCAACAGCUUCCCCAACCCAAUGAUUGUUUACGCAGAAGUUCUACAGGGCUACAUACCUAUCAUUGGAGCCAGUGUGACAGCUAUCAUUGAAUCAAACAGUGGAAAAUCAAAAGUUUUGGAACUUUUGGAUAAUGGAGCAGGUGCUGACGCUUUCAAAAAUGAUGGAGUCUACUCCAGGUAUUUUACAGCUUAUUCAGACAAUGGCAGAUAUAGCUUAAAAGUGAGGGCUCAUGGAGGAACAAACUCUGCCAGGCAAAGCUUACAGCAUCCAGCAAAUAGAGCCGCCUUCAUACCAGGCUGGAUAGUGAAUGGGGAAAUCAAGCGGAACCCACCAAGACCUGAAACUGAUGAUGCUCAGACAGUGCUGGAGAGUUUCAGCAGAACAGCAACUGGAGAUGCGUUUGUGAUGUCAGAUGUUCCCAGUGGUCCAUUGCCUGACCUGUUCCCACCAAGUCAAAUCACAGACCUUCAUGCCACACUCGAUGGGGACAACAUCAAUCUAACAUGGACAGCACCAGGAGAUGAUUUCGAUGUUGGAAUAGUUCAAGAGUAUAUCAUAAGAAUAAGUGGGAAUAUCAUUGACCUAAGGGACAAUUUUGAUGAUGCUCUUCAAGUUAACACUUCUGACCUGGUACCAAGGGAGGCCAACUCUGAGGAAACCUUUGUUUUUAAACCAGGAAAAAUCUCAGAAGAAAAUGCAACCCACAUAUUCAUUGCCAUUCAAAGUGUAGACGAAAGCAAUUUGACAUCAAAAUCAUCCAACAUUGCACAAGUGGCUCUGUUUGUCCCUCAAGGAGAUCCGAGUCCUGAUCCAAACUACCCCAGUCCUGGAAGCAAUCCUAGUUCUGGAGUUAAUAUUACAACUUUGGUGUUGUUAGUGGUAGGGGCUGUGGUAGUUGUUACCAUUAUUGUAAGUGCCACUAUUUGUUUCUUAAAUAAAAGAAAUUCUUCAAGGAGACCUAGAACAGCAUUUUAA